UUUUCAAUUCUCAAAUAACAACAACAUUUCCUAUCACUUCAUACUGUUCCUGCACGCUACUCGGUCUUCACAAAGUCCAUAAUAUUGUUGUUCUCAUAUUUAAAAAAACCAUGUUUAGUACAUGGUACAACAUUUAUGCCUGUAUUGCUCUGUAAGUUUCAUUUUUAAGCCCACAGAAUCAUGUGCCAAUACUGCAAUAUACCUCCACGAUUUCUAACAUGCCUCAAUUACUGAUGUCGCAUUCCAUAAAUUUCACUAUGAUUGAGCACUCUGUUUACUGGAAAUUAUAACUGUUUACCAUCGAUAUGAUCCUGGUGGUAUUAAACACGUUUCUGUA